CCCUCUUCUUUGCCUGUUACGGGAGCAACAGCAGUAAGGCGGUCGGAGACUUUUUUAGGAAGCUGUAUUGUUUUGUAAACUCAUCUCUGCGUCCUAGCGUCGCCAGAAGCGGAAGCAGGUGGUUUCUUGGCAGGGUGGUGCAGGCAGCAGAGUCAGGCUCAUGAAGUGGCAGCCCCUGACCCGAGGCGAUAGGAGAGCCAAGGAGCAGCUGUUAGCCAAGAUGGCGGUGGCGGUAGCUGCGACGAAGUUUUGGGGGCCAAGUCGAGGCCUGGGCAGGGCCGGCCUACUGCUUCUGAGGCGACUUGGGGCUCGGGGAGUGGCCUGCUCUAGGUGGACAGGAAGGGUCUUACUACCACCAAGAAGGAAGAUCUAGGAGUGGAGUGCAUCCUUUGGACCCAGGAUCCCUGCACUGAGAACCUCCUAGACCCAGGAGACAGACAGCUGUAACACUGGAGCCAGCGAGAAGCAGCAGCAGAGGCAGCAGAACCAGGAGACCAGCAGGAAACCUGCAGGAGAUGGCAUGCACCCCAGGAGGCAGCAGCAGCAGCAGUUCUCAUCCCUGGAUGAGAAACCCCAGUUCCCAGGGGCCUCGGCAGAGUUUAUAGACAAGCUGGAAUUCAUCCAGCCCAACGUCAUCUCUGGGAUCCCCAUCUACCGCGUCAUGGACCGGCAGGGUCAGAUCAUCAACCCAAGCGAGGACCCUGAGCUGCCCCAGAAGGAGGUGCUGAAGUUCUACAAGAGCAUGACACUGCUCAACACCAUGGACCGCAUCCUCUACGAGUCCCAGCGGCAGGGCCGGAUCUCCUUUUACAUGACUAACUAUGGCGAGGAGGGGACGCACGUGGGGAGCGCAGCUGCCCUGGACAGCACGGACCUGGUGUUUGGCCAGUACCGGGAGGCAGGUGUGCUGAUGUAUCGGGACUACCCGCUGGAACUGUUCAUGGCCCAGUGCUAUGGCAACGUGAGCGACCCGGGCAAGGGGCGCCAGAUGCCCGUCCACUACGGCUGCAAGGAGCGCCACUUUGUCACUAUCUCCUCUCCAUUGGCCACGCAGAUCCCUCAGGCGGUGGGGGCGGCCUAUGCAGCCAAGCGGGCCAACGACAACAGGGUUGUCAUCUGUUACUUUGGCGAGGGGGCAGCCAGUGAGGGGGAUGCCCACGCCGGCUUCAACUUUGCUGCCACACUUGAGUGCCCCAUCAUCUUCUUCUGCCGGAACAAUGGCUAUGCCAUUUCCACGCCUACCUCUGAGCAGUACCGCGGGGAUGGCAUUGCGGCCCGAGGCCCUGGGUAUGGCAUCAUGUCAAUCCGUGUGGAUGGCAAUGAUGUGUUUGCUGUGUACAACGCCACGAAGGAGGCCCGGCGGCGGGCGGUGGCCGAGAACCAGCCCUUCCUCAUUGAGGCCAUGACCUACAGGAUCGGGCACCACAGCACCAGUGACGACAGCUCAGCCUACCGCUCAGUGGACGAGGUCAGCUACUGGGACAAGCAGGACCACCCCAUCUCGCGCCUGCGGCAUUACCUGCUGAACCGAGGCUGGUGGGACGAAGAACAAGAGAAGGCCUGGAGGAAGCAGUCCCGCAAGAAGGUGAUGGAGGCCUUUGAACAGGCUGAGCGGAAGUUGAAGCCCAACCCCAAUCUGCUCUUCUCGGAUGUGUAUCAGGAGAUGCCCACCCAGCUCCGCAAACAGCAGGAGGCCCUGGCCCGCCACCUUCAGACCUAUGGGGAGCACUACCCCCUGGACCACUUUGAGAAGUGAGGCUGGGCUUCCCCACGCCCCACCCCGCUCCAGCCACCGUGAGAGGUGGCCCCACUCUGCAGAGGAAGAAGAGCUGGUGGGACACCACUGGCCCUACUCCCCGCCAGCUCCCUGCAGAAUACUCGAGGGGCCAGGGCAGCACCUGACAUGUCCAUUGGGGGGCAGUUCCCGCUGCUCACCCUCUGGGAGCCCUCUCCCUGCUCCUUCAGGCUGUUACAUUUACAAGGGCGAGGGCGAGGGCUGUGUUCGCAGCAGUCACUGAGCCCCCAUUAGCCCCUCCUUGCUGGUUGUUACAGUGCCUUCUCCCAGGCCAGGUGAGGCACCUGAAGGACUAGGGCACCUCUGGCUGGGGUGGUCUGGCCUGGUGGGUUGACCUGUGGAACUUAGAAGCGGUCAGCAGAGAUCAUGAAUAAACAGUGUCUCUGCGUUUGGCUCUGUACCAUC